CCGUCCCCAUGGCAGCGGCCGGAAGUGGCCGCUCUGUUUCCAUGGCAACGGGCGGAAGCGGAGCCGCGCGGCGGGCGCGGGGCCGGAAGUGACGCCCGGGAGCCGUGGCGGCCAUGUCGGCGGGCGGCGGAGCGCAGCGGGACGCGGGGGCCGCGGGCGGGCGCCGCAGCAAGUGGGAUCAGCCCGGCCCGGCGCCUAAUUUCCUCCUCCCCGGCACGGCGCCGCUGCCCGGGCGCCCGUUCCCCGGUGGGGGCGGCGAUGGCGGCGCCGCCGUGGCCGGGUCCGAGAGCUCCGCGGCGCCCUCGGGAGCGCUGGAUGCGGCCGCGGCCGUGGCGGCGAAGAUCAACGCGAUGCUGAUGGCCAAAGGGAAGCUGAAGCCGGCGCCCAGCACGGCGGACAAGCUGCAGGCUCUGGGAAAAGGUCCAGCUACGAGUAAAAGCAAAGAUGACCUUGUGGUGGCAGAGGUGGAGAUCAAUGAUGUGCCCCUGACGUGCAGGAACCUGCUGACCAGGGGCCAGACCCAGGAUGAGAUCAGUCGUCUGAGUGGAGCAGCUGUCUCCACUCGUGGGAGGUUCAUGACUGCAGAAGAGAAAGCCAAAGUGGGACCUGGAGAUCGUCCUUUGUAUCUUCAUGUUCAGGGUCAGACACGGGAGUUGGUUGACAGAGCUGUUAACAGAAUCAAAGAGAUCAUUACCAAUGGAGUGGUGAAAGCAGCCACGGGCUCCAGCCCCACGUUCAAUGGAGCCACAGUCACUGUCUACCACCAGCCAGCCCCCAUCACUCAGAUAACUCCAGCUGUUGGCCAAAAACCUCCAUUCCAGUCAGGGAUGCAUUAUGUCCAGGACAAGUUGUUUGUUGGGCUGGAACAUGCUGUUCCCACAUUUAACGUGAAGGAGAAGGUGGAAGGGCCUGGCUGCUCCUACUUGCAGCACAUUCAGAUUGAAACUGGUGCCAAAGUCUUUCUUCGAGGGAAAGGCUCAGGUUGCAUAGAACCAGCAUCAGGCAGAGAAGCCUUUGAACCCAUGUACAUCUACAUCAGUCACCCAAAGCCAGAAGGUUUGGCAGCUGCUAAAAAGCUGUGUGAGAACCUCUUGCAAACAGUUCACGCCGAGUACUCCCGAUUUGUGAACCAGAUAACCACUGCAGUUCCCUUGGCAGGCUUCACCCAGCCAGCCACAAUCAACAGCGUCCCUUCCCAGCCCUCCUAUUACCCUUCCAACGGGUACCAGUCUGGUUAUCCUGUGGUUCCCCCUCCUCAGCAGCCUGUCCAGCCUCCCUAUGGGGUGCCAGGGAUAGUCCCCCCUGCAGUGCCCCUGGCUCCUGGAGUCCUCCCAACGCUGCCCACGGCCGUGCCACCCGUGCCCACGCAGUACCCGAUACCUCAGGUCCAGCCUCCAGCCAGCACUGGCCAGCAGAGUCCUCUGAGUGCUCCUUUCCUUCCUGCUGCCCCAGUAAAAACCAGCAUGCCAACUGGUAGCCAGCCCCAGGUCCAGCCCCACCCCCAGGGCCAAAAGAGACGCUUCACCGAGGAACUGCCUGAUGAGAGAGAGUCAGGACUGCUGGGAUACCAGCAUGGACCCAUUCAUAUGACUAAUUUAGGUACAGGCUUCUCCAGUCAGAGUGAAAUCGAGGGAGCCGCGUCGAAGGCAGCGAGUUCCUCAGGAAAGGAGAGAGAGAGGGACAGGCAGUUGAUGCCUCCGCCAGCUUUUCCUGUCACUGGAAUGAAAUCGGAAUCGGAAGAAAGAAAAGGUGCGGGGUCUUUACCAGGCAACCAUGAUCAUCAAGCCAAGAAGAUGAAAACUGCAGAGAAGGGCUUUGGAUUAGUGGCCUAUGCUGGAGAUUCUUCAGAUGAAGAGGAGGAGCACGGUGGCCAUAAAAACGCAAGUACUUUUUCACAGGGCUGGAGUUUGGGGUACCAGUACCCAUCCUCACAACAGCGAGCUAAACAACAGAUGCCUUUCUGGAUGGCACCAUAAAAAAACUGCACAAGAAUUUUCAUUCAUCUGGUUUUUCCCCUCUAGCAAUAAUGCAUGUAUAUUCCAGAAUGGACUUGGCAGAGAGGCAUUGUUUUUACAUUUGCAGAAGCCAAUUUCCCUCGGAAGGGCUCUAUUGUUUUUUAAAAUCCUCAUUUUGGCAGUGUAUUUGUCAGUUUCAAAAAGGAGUAUUUGGAGUAGCAUCCUGACUGGCCUAGUCCCUUAUGCAAGAGAGAAGUGCUGUAAAGAGGAACCAGGGAAGCCUCUUGGGCCAUAUUUUCCAUUUCUCCCAGAUAACUUAAAGGGAAGAGUCAGUGACACUGACUUCACUCUGCGUUUGCAUUUUUGGAGUGCUCCUGCUGUCAGCCCCAGUGAUCUACUGGUGACUCAGCCUCAAUUUUGGACUUUCACCAGAGGGAAAGAACAUCCAGCAGUCAUGAAAAACUUGACCAUCACAUUUGGAAAACUCUUGGUUUUAUUUCAAACAUCUGUAACUCAGCUUGGUUUUAUUUUGAAAUGUGAUUUUACCAAUCCCACAAGUUCUCAUUCUAGCCAGAUGUUGGGGUGGGGGAUGCUCAGGUUUUUGGAUAGGUCCACUUUGCCCCACGUGGACUUGGCACUGUAGCCCUAGUGCUGAAUUGUUUCCAGUCACCCCAGGACUCCAACUCAGCAGGAAUUCCUUUUCCAGAGGCUCACCCCCAUCUCUUCCCUCAUUCACUGGAUUCCACCAGAGCCAGAAGGUUCCACGGUGGUUUCCCAAAGGGCAGCAGCUCCUGCCUCAUGUGCAGAACCUGGGAAUGAGUUCUUGGACUGUUGUUUUUGGACUGUUUUGGACACAAACUGCACCGGGAGCUGAGUGGGGUGUGCUGGUUCGGACAGAACCCUUGCACGGAGCAGUGACACGGGGACUGCUUCGAGGCACUGGGCAGCUUUUGGGACAGGAGCUGUGGUUUUGAGAAGGGGCUGUGUCACUGCUGCAGCCAGGGAUGGCUCAGCUGUACAAACCUCGGCUUUCCCAUCUGUUGUAAAUAAUUAGAACCAUACUUUCAUUAUAAAUAAAUGUACAAAUAUUCUGCUUCC